AUGUUGUCGGUUCUUCCAUUGGGCCUCGCCCUCCUCGGCGCAUCAAACGUCCUCGCCCAGACCCCUCCCAGCUGCUCCUUGACCCAGAAGUGCCCCGAAUCCGCGCCUUGCUGUUCCCAAUAUGGCCAGUGCGGUACCGGUGCCUACUGCCUCGGCGGCUGCGACCCGCGAAUGUCCUUCUCUCUCGAUGCCUGCGUGCCCGCCCCCGUAUGCCAGGACAAGAAGAUGUCGAUGAACUCCAUGGACGGCAUUGUCGAUAUUAGCAAGUACCUCGGCGACCCGAGCAAGGCCGACUGGGUCGCUCAGGGCGAGCCUGCCCUGCGCAAUGGCGCCGUGCUCCUGACCAUGCCCGCCAAGAGUGUCGGCACCGUCCUCGCCUCCACCACCUACCUGUGGUACGGCAGUGUCAAGGCCACCAUCAAGACCUCCCGCGGCCCCGGUGUCGUGACUGCCUUCAUCUUGUACGGUGACGUAAAGGACGAAAUCGAUUACGAGUGGGUUGGUGCGGAUCUCGAGAUGUCCCAAACCAACUACUACUUCCAGGGUAUCCCCAAGUACGAUCAAUCCGGCAACAUCUCCCUGUCCAACACUUUCAACAACUGGCACACGUACGAGAUCCACUGGACUCCCGAUGAGAUUCAGUGGCUCGUCGACGGCCAGGUUGGCAGAACCAAGAAGCGCUCCGACACCUGGAACGCCACCGCCCAGCAGUGGGACUACCCCCAGACGCCUGCCCGUGUGCAGCUUUCCAUCUGGCCCGGUGGUGCCGACACCAACGCCAAGGGCACCAUCGAAUGGGCCGGUGGUGCCAUUGACUGGAAUGGUGAGGACAUCAAGAACGCCGGUUACUACUACGCCCAGGUCAAGGACGUUGAGAUCAACUGCUACAACGCCAAGAGCUCCCCGGGAACAAACAGCAAGAAGAGCUACUACUACAACAACAUCAAGGCUACCAACGAUACAGUCGUCGACAGCGACAAGGACACGAUCCUGAAGAGCUUCCUCGGCACCGGUCUUGACAUGAAUGCCGGCGCUUCAUCGGCCUCAGGCAGUGCGGCCCAACCCUCAGCAUCGGCAGCCACGAUUCCCGGAGGCAGCAACAGCGGCCCGGGAGCCGACCCCGGCCAGAGCAGUGGUGGCUCCAGCUCCGACUCUGGAUCUGGUUCUGGAUCAUCGGGUGAUUCCGGCUCCAGCGGAUCCGGCUCUUCUUGCGGCAGCAGUGGCUUCUCGCAGGACUGCAACAGUGGCAGCAGCGGCAGCGGAAGCGGCACAUCUCUCGGUGUGCGCCACGAGUCCAUGGCUGGCGCCAGCGCCUUCGCUGCGCUCAUCGCCAUGGCAGCAGCUUUCUGGGUUUAA